ACGUGGGACAAACAGCGCACGUUACAAACAUGUCCUCAGUCUACACGUGCACACCUCUCUCAAUCAGUCGGAGAGUCAUACAAGUCGCACACAGCCCAGAGGGCACACACAGGUCCUAUAACCAGUCGCAAAACCAAUGCGCUUGUCACAAUGACAUCCAAAGUAAGUGUCCUAUCUGGGUGCCUCUUGCACACACUGAUCAACCACGACAAACCAUGCACGAGAAGUCUCUGCCUGCCUGUUUGGCUGGCUGCCCGUGCCACAUGCAAUUUGCAAAGACACGCACAGCCGAUCGAGGACACCACAUAUAUAUCAAUACCGAUGUACUGGCCCUCGACUUAUCUACCUACUUAUGUCGGUGUCAAACACAUAAUGAACACCAUGGUCGCCAGUCGACUGGUCUGGAGUCCCCGUCUGCGGCUGCAGUUGCGGUCUUCCAAUCACAUACGCUGCGACUCCGUUCUGCCGAUAAGCCAUGACAGCCGGCGGGGGAAGGUCAUCCUUGAAGCCUCGGGCCCUCAGCACGUGUCUGUAUUCCUGCAGGACGCUGCACGGCAUACACCAGAAGACGAGGCAGCAGUCGCCGCAGCCAUCGGUUGCUGCGAUGCCGUAAUAUCUUACAGACAGACAGACAGACCAGUAUUGUGUCAGUGAGUCAUCGGUCGGGUCCCUCCCAGCACUGCAGCCGGCCAUCCGCCUGCGUACCUCCUCAGUUUGGUUCGAUAGACAAGAAAAACGAUGAAGGCGACAACGCUGCCGACUACCGCGACCGGCAGGAACACCGUUAUUUUCGAGCUAGGUCUGUCCUCGGGGUGGACGCUCUCGUCGUUGAGGUAGAUCUCCUUGGUGUUGAAGACCCAGACCCAGUAGUAAUGGUAGGCGGUCUCCAAUAUCGUUUUGAGCGAGCCGGUGAGCAUGAGUGCGCCGAAAACCAGGACGCCAAUGACCAAGAAGGCGCUGAAGACCACUACGCCCACCCAAAGCGGCACCAGCUUCACCUGUGCCAACGGCCACGCCUGCGCAUACAUACGCCUGCGCAUACAUGCGGCGAUUAUAAGUAGAGGGAGAUCCGUGAAUAAGAUGGAAUAAGGCACUGCCUCUCCUCUGCAUAUCUUCACCUUGAGGAAGGCGUAGAUGGGCGACAAGCAGAGCCCCAACGUUCCAAGCAUGCAGGACGGUCCGUCGGAGAAACAGUCAAAGAUGCCAUCGCUCCACUGACCUGAAUGAGGGAAACCCCAACAAACAGACAGACAAUCGCAUCAUUGCGGAACGUCUGGUUCGUGUCCGUCCGCACUCACCUUUCCACAAUUCAUCUCGCGUCGAAUCCCCGAUGGGCACGGGCAGCUGCCCGGAACGAGGCUCCCUGUCCGCUGCUGACAUAUCGUCCUCGGACCGCCGACAAAUCGUGUGUGUGUAGAGGUCAGAGAUCUUGCACGCACAGCCUCUGAGACUGGUCCAGACGCCAGACGGCGGGAACGCGACAGCUCUCUCAUCUCUCC